AAGGUGGAUUCCUUGAGUGUAGGUGUGGAUUUGUGGCUAACGCGACAGAAUUAACUAUACUUAGGGCUAAUUCUCUGGUGAAAGUGUCAUUCUGUAGGGAUUUCGUGCUGCACCGAGUCGCGUCUUAGCCCGCUGCGGUCGGUUAGCAUAGCUUUGGAGUUCGCGUAACAGUUUUCGUCCAAUUUUUGCAUGGGUGGUCUCGUAGCACAGCCACACCGGAAUCUGCGCGCUUGUUGAAUUAAACAUAUGAAGAGUGUCAUUUCAAAAAUGUUGCCGGCCCUUGCUGGCUAGCUGACCAGAGGGAUGAACAAUAGCUCCGUUUACACAGUUAUUGCUUUUGGUUCGUGUCCCCCUUCCUUUUUAAUGAAGAAGCCAAGCAGCUGAGUGACCAUGGACACCCUGUCCAGCCACAGCUCCUACCUCCUGCAGCAGCUCCAGGAGCAGAGGAUCCAGGGGCUGCUCUGUGACUGCAUGCUGGUGGUCAAAGGUGUCUGCUUCAAAGCCCACAAAAAUGUCCUGGCUGCUUUCAGCUCCUAUUUCAGGUCUUUGUUCCAAAAUUCCCCAAGUCAGAAGAAUGACGUGUUCAACCUCGUCAUCCAGGAUGUCGGUGGCAUUGGCCAAAUAUUGGACUACAUGUAUACCUCCCAUCUUGAUGUUAACCAAGAUAAUGUACAAGCUCUUCUUGACAUUGCACAGUGUUUGCAGGUUCCAAAUGUUCAGAGCAUGUGCAAUGCUUUCCUCAAGCCUUGUCCUCCACCAGUGGAAAUACCUUCGUUUUCUCUCCCAGGCAUGCUGGGCUCAGACCACGACUGCCUCUUGGGGAGCAGUCUUCCUCAUGAUGUUGACCUUCACUGUCCCUCUGAAUCUCAGAGGCCUGGCUUCAGCACUGACAUGGACCACACCAGAAGGAUGUCAGUUUCUGUGUCUAACCCCAGCUCAAACUGUGACAUUGCCAGCAGCUCUCAGGCACCAGUAGAAAAACAGCUGGUUCAUGGAUACAAGCUCCGUAACUUCUACAGUAAGCAGUACUUCAAACAAAGUGCAAUUCAGACUAACAGUGCAGCCUCAAAUCAAGGCCCUGGACCUCUGGUUGUGGUGGAGGAGCAGCACUGUCAGCUCGGGAUGAGCCAGGGAGGCAACAACGCCCCUGUGAACUCAGGAAACACAGUUCAGCCUAACUCAUCGAUUGCAGUGGAAAAGAACCCUGUCUCCUCUUUAACACCCUCAGACAAUUUAAACACUCCCAGCUCUGACCCAGCAGACUCCAUGCUCAACAAGCCUGUACGCCCAAAGAAGGCUGUGUACCUGAAGAAAUAUAACUACCUCCGGUCGCAGAAAGCUCUGGAGGAGAUGUGCACUGAGUCCGUCAUUGAACCCGUCCUCAGCUGUCCUAAAGAGAGCCAUCAAGGGGAGCCUGUGGUCCAGACUGAUGCUCCAGAAGCUCCCGUUGAGGGCAGCUCUGCAGUUAGGGAGGAGGUUCCUGAGACAGCAGCAGAUGCACAACUUCCCAGUCCUCCUCCUGUUAACCAAGAGGAGCAAACUCUGAAGCCAACACCAGACCCACCACAGCAAACAGGACACAAGCAGUAUUGCUGUGAGGUGUGUGGGAAGAUCUUCAAACAUCCGAGCAACCUGGAGCUGCACAAGCGCUCACAUACUGGUGAAAAGCCUUUUCAGUGCAACAUUUGCGGGAGAAACUUCUCACAGGCUGGAAAUUUACAGACACAUUUACGGCGACAUUCUGGAGAGAAACCGUACAUCUGUGAGUUAUGCGGCAAAAGCUUUACAGCAUCAGGAGAUGUCCAUCGUCACAAAGUGGUCCACACAGGAGAGAAGCCACAUCUGUGUGAUAUAUGUGGUCGAGGAUUUAACAACUUGAGCAAUCUCAAGGAGCACAAGAGGACUCACGCAACAGACAAAACCUUCACCUGUGACCAGUGUGGAAAGUCCUUCAACACUCACAGAAAGCUUCUGAAGCACAAAGCUCGACAUGCUGGGGAGAAACCACACAGCUGUGCCACUUGCGGAAAGUGUUUCAUCGGCUCAGGAGACCUGCAGCGUCACAUACGAUCGCACACUGGUGAGAAACCCUACGUUUGUACGACUUGCGGAAAGAGCUUUACUCGUUCUGCCAUGUUGAGGAGACAUAGCAACAUGCACUGCAAAGGGCCUCCAGUCAACAGCCCGGUCACCGUCAACUCUGAGCAAACACAUGGUUCAGAAGGAGUGGCCUCAUUCCCCGAACCUGUCAGCCACAGUAAACCUCCUGCUGCUACCACUGAGCAGCAUUUCUCCACUCUGAUGCCCCACGCAGGCUUCGAAAAACCUUCUUCACCUACUCCUUCAUCACCACAAGAAGCGCCACACAUAGAGACUCCACCUUCCAGUAUGCACCUCAGCUCUGCAUCCACCCCUCUUCCAGAGCUGCGCUCCCUGGUUCCCCAUCACCUCUUGUCAUCCAACCACCAGGACAGAAGUGCAGCCCCACCCGCCACAGACCGCUUGAAGCUGAACAAACCCCACCUGUCUCAGGAGGCUGUGUAUGGUCCAUACGUGGAGAAUGGGAAUAUGUCAGUGGACAUGGGCAGAGGCCUGGUUGCAAGGCCUUACCUGCCCCCAACAGACAAUCACUGCAGCACCCUCACAGGGUCCGGUAGACCGUAUAGAUCCAGUGAAGGUCAGUUUAUCUCCAGUGUGACUCUGUGGGGCCUGGCAAUGAAAACUCUGCAGAAUGAUAAUGACAUGGAGCAGUGAAAUCUUCUGCAGCUAAGCACAGCAUGGCCACGUCAGAGGGCGUGCACUUCUCACCAAUGUUUACUCAGUUGCUGAAUGAGAUUUUUAACACCAGGAUCAUGAUUGGUUAAAACUGACUUGAAUCACAAAAAUGGUAGCUCGUAGGAGGAACCAAACUUAACAUAGUAAUGACGUAAAUUGUUUUUAACUGGAAAUGUGCGAUUAUUUGUUUAGAGUUGCCGUUGUUCAGAUUAAAGUAAGCGCUUCCCACUUGUAUUGAUGAAAUGAUUAAAUCUUCUCAUGGAGUGAAAAACGGCUGUUCUGCUGCUUUUUUAAGUGCUGCAGUUGUGGUCAGAUAGUAUUUUUGCUUCGUUAGACUCAGCGAAAGACAACCAUGUCACUGCUGGUCAGAUUUUCUAAAUGAUAAAGAAAGCUGCUGCACUGCUUCCAUUCUUAUCUCCUUUAUCACAUCAUACACUUUACCACCCUUAACAGUCGUCCCACGAUUCCAAAGCUUCAUCUGCGGCAGAUCCACGUCAACAACAUCCAUCCUCAUAUGAUUGUGUCCUACAGUAAGGGCAGUGGGAGUCUCUUAGCACCACGCUUGUCUUUUUCUGCAUCCUCAUGAAUUCUAUUUCUUUGGCUUCAUAAAGUUUUCCACUGAAAUUUUUUUGGAUGUCACUUUUUUUUUUUGACUAUCUGACUGCAACCUGAGUGAAACUUUUCUGGCACACCUCAGUCAGUGACAUCACAGCAGGUGUUUAUGCUGCGUUCAGUGUACCUCAAAAGUCGGGAGUCGAACCUCAACAUUAUUUUCACAUAUUCUAUGCACAAAGUGGGGAAAAAACUAUCCAGGUUUUGCUUGUUUUUACACACAAUAAAUGAUAAUCAACAGAAAUGUAGUUCACUUAACUAAAGCAACAGAAGGACUGGACAGUUGUUUUAGAUAUGUAGACUUUAAGCUCAUUUAAAGUAGAGAAGCUGUGUUUACUGACAGUUGACUGUGUCGGCUGCUGUUUUGGAGAAUAAUGUAAGUUUGUGAAGUUAAGUGUGAUAGACCUUACCAAACAUGUGUCUGCGUUUUCUUAGAUUUUUCCUAACUGAAAAUUGGAAAAUCCGGUAUCUCAGUUUGCAGCAUUAAGGAAGCCGCUGUAGAGUCACUGAUUGGGGUGUCGCCUAUACAGCAGCAGCAGCAGUUUUUUUAUUCUUCUGUGAUUCAGUGUGGAUUUACCCUUUAAUGUUUCAACUCCAAACCUCCCAGGAUGCAUCACUGCUAAUAGAAAGCCUCAUUUUUUUUCCACUUUGUAUAUACUGCACUUUAAAAUGUAAAAAAAAAAAAAAUUCAAUUUAUUUUCAACUACCGGUGUCAAAUUUCAGUGUACUAUAUUCAUACAAGAAUAAAAGGACUAAAUUCUA